UCCAGGGCUCAGCUCCACCUCGGAGCAAAGCAAAGCAUCUCUCUCUGACAAUGGCGAUUAUACUGCGAAAUCGCCUCCUCACUCUUUACUCGACCUCUCUCCUUCAACCCUCGCUUCGGCCAUCUCCGAAUGCCCCACCCUCCUCGCUCUCUGUCAAGACUCCUCCUUUCUCGCCGCCCACCCGCCACGGCCCGAGGUUCCAUGCCUCCGCUUCCAGAGCCGCGAGCCCGACGGCCUCGGAUUCGGCCCGGGUUGUCCGGAAAGUGUUCUUCGUCCCGCCCGGGGUCGAUCCGGCCGAGGUCUCCGAAGACAUGGUGCUUCCCGGUUCGAACAUCGUCGUCGGACCCUACGCGGGUCAUGCCCAGAUCAAGGAAGUGGAGUUCGUGAAGAGCAGUGGGAGGGCCAAGGACUGUCCCAAAGAUGGGAGGCCCGAGUUUGCGAUUCUGGGUCGGUCUAAUGUGGGCAAGUCUUCGCUUAUCAAUGCUCUGGUUCGGAAGAAGGAAGUUGCACUUACGUCCAAGAAACCAGGCAAGACUCAGCUUAUAAAUCACUUCUUGGUGAACAAGAGUUGGUAUAUUGUGGAUUUGCCGGGUUAUGGGUUUGCUAAGGCCCCUGGAUCUGUUCGAAUGGAUUGGUCAGCAUUCACAAAGGGCUACUUUUUGAACAGAGAUACGCUAGUUGCUGUCUUACUUCUUAUCGAUGCGAGCGUUCCUCUUCAAAAGAUUGACCUUGAUUGUGCGAAUUGGCUGGGACGCAACAAUAUACCUCUAACCUUCGUUUUCACGAAGUGCGACAAGAUGAAGGGAGGGAAGAGGCCUGAUGAGAACAUAAGGAGUUUCCAGGAAGUGAUUAGGGAAAACUACCGGGAGCAUCCUGCGUGGAUAAUGACUAGCAGUGUCACCGGUUUAGGGAGAGAUGAGCUUCUCUUGCACAUGUCCCAGCUUAGAAACUACUGGGACCAAUAGAAAGGGACGAAGCAAUUCCCCUUUAAUACCCUCAUAAAGUCAAGUUCAUCUUUCAUUUUGCUAUUAUCUGCAUUCUUGAGAUAACGAUUGAAUUUGUACCUCUCUGUGUGUAUAGAUAACACAUGUACAGAAUAAGAUGUUUUGUAUCUUUUUAAACCUCU